UUUUAUAAAAGUGGAUUAAAUGUCCAGUUUUAUACGCAACCGAUUAUUUUUGAAUUGGAUACCCAAGUUCCCAAAAUUCUCGGUGUAAUUUGAAACUUUUAUUCCAUUACUCAUCGUCACCAUUUUCCCUCCUUUCCACAUUUUCCCUCCUUUGCUUUCGCCCAAUUUAAGGACUCAAACCUUUUCAUCUUCCUCCUCGAUUCUCUUCCAUACUUUCUUAACACUUCGGCUUCUUCUUCUUUUAACUCUUUCAUUUCUAUUUCAUUAUAGCAGCCAGAAAAAACUGCAAUGAGUGCAGUCAAUAUCACAAACGUUUCCAUUUUGGAUAAUCCAGCUGCCUUUCUCAACCCAUUUCAAUUUGAAAUUUCCUAUGAGUGCCUGGUUCCUCUUAAAGAUGAUUUAGAAUGGAAACUGAUCUAUGUUGGGUCAGCAGAAGAUGAGACAUAUGACCAGCAAUUGGAAAGUGUACUUGUAGGGCCUGUCAAUGUGGGCAACUAUCGCUUUGUUCUCCAGGCUGACCCUCCCGAUCCUUCAAAAAUCCGUGAAGAGGAUAUAAUUGGAGUCACCGUUUUACUGUUGACAUGUUCGUACAUCGGACAGGAAUUUAUUAGAGUUGGAUAUUAUGUGAACAACGAUUAUGAAGAUGAACAGUUGAAAGAAGAACCGCCUCAGAAAGUUUUGAUUGAUAAAGUUCAGAGGAAUAUUUUGGCUGAUAAACCUAGAGUGACGAAAUUUCCCAUCAAUUUUCAACCAGAGAACGAGUCCACCGAGCAGCCUGCAUCAACACUUGAGCAUCCUUCUGAGAAUAAUGAACAAGAACAAGCACCACCACCACCGUCACCAUCUCUAGAUACAAAGUCUGAAUAGCUUUUCGCUGAAACUAAAGUAUGUAGUUGCUUCCGGCUACAACAUUAUUCAAUGUUUUUGACACCGUUUACUAGAGCCAUUGUCUGAAACACCAUAGAUUUCGGCAAAUUCAAGUGUUGUUUGAACUGAAAUGAUCAAAUGUACUAUACGCUACUUUUGAAUUAGCAGUACUGAUUCACAUAGCUUUACUUUUUAGUAUCUUGUGUUUCUUACUGCGACCAUCUCCUGUUAUUGUGAGCUUAUCGUUAUUCCCCUCAUUUUUGCUGUGUGUUACGUUCAAGAAGGGUGAUGAAAAUGUUGGUUUCGGUUUCUAAGAGACUGUUAUUGAAUGUGAACCUCUCCCGAUAAACAUGAUGCGCGGUCUCUCAGUUUGUUUCAAAGUACUAAGGUGAUGAAAACACUGCUUCAGCAACAGAUUGCAUUACAUUUACCAUAAAACAAUUAGAUUUAACGUGUUGGAUUUAGAAAC